UAAUGGCUAAACAAUAAGGAGCUGGAUCAUUAUGGAAUCCAAAUAGUUGGCAUUGGGAAGAGAAAAAUUACACACCAAUUUCUAAGCAAUUGAUUGAAUCUAAGAUCAAAUCAUGUAAAGUUGAAUCUGGAGAUAUAACUUUAUUCAAUUAAGAAGUGAAGUCAAUUACUGGAGAUGUAAGAUUGUUAAACUAUUUAAAGGCUUAAAUUAAUAUUAGAAAAGGCAAACAAGUUUUAAUAUAUGAUUUUGAUAUAGAAGUUGAAUGGCAUGGUAUUUAAUAUAAAUGAAAAAUUAGGUGUUAAUAAAGAUCAUGAAGCAGAAGGGACAUAUAAAAUUAAAGACUUGAAUUCUUUAGAUAAUGAUUUUGAAUUAAUUCAUAUUAGCUGCAAUACUAAAACAGCAAUUUCUGAUAAGUGCAAAGAUUUAAUUAAAAAAGACAUGUUUAAAAAAUUAAAAGAAGCUUUUACAACAUUAAUGCAAGAAAUUGGUUAAUACGAAUCUGAUCCAGAAAAAUUGUAAAUUUGAAUUUCUUAUUUUUUAGAAAAAAAGACUAGGAGGCAAGAAGAAUAGCUGAAGAAUAAGUAAGACUUGCAAAAGAAUAAAAUGGAGAAUUAAAGGAAAAGAUCUUUUAUGAAUAAAAGCUCAAAGAAUAAUAAAUGAAAUAAGAGUUCUCAUAAUUUGCAUAAAAAUGAAA